AUGUGGGGGAGGGCCAAAAAAGCCCACAUUGAAAAAAAGCCCCUAUCAAAGAAGUCCAUAGGGCUUAAAACUUUACAAAAGCCCUGCCCAACGAACCAGAAUAGGUUGAACAACCUGAACUUGCCCGACGAUCCGGACGAGCCCGACGACCAUGACAAACCCGACAACACGGACGGGCCCGACGACACGAACGUGCUCGACGACCCAGACGGGUCGAACGACCAAGACGAGCCCGAGAACACGGACCAGCCUAACGACACAGAUGAACCUGACAAUGAAGAGGGGCUCGAAGACCCGGACCGACACAAAGACCUAAACAAGCCCUAUGCCCGGGACAGACCCCACAACACGAACAAGCCCGACGAUCCGGACGAGCCCGAAGACUCGAACGAGCCCCACGAGUAG